UAUAUUACUUAAUCUGAAGUCGCCAGCAUGGAUAUGGAUAUUAGAGCCAUGAAAAUAUGAUCUCCUUUGUAUCCGAUGAUUAUGAAAAUAUUGCCUCAGUCUUUUCCCCACACUGCGCCCGGAGGGACUGCUCUCGCAUUUUUGGACUCACAAAAUCAGCAUCCACUGCAAAAGAAAAUCACAAAUCGGAUCACAACACAGAUUUUCGACAACAAAAAGUGAGAGGAACUACAUUCCUUUUCUUGUUUGUUGACAUCUAGUUGUUGGGAGGACAUACAUUGUGUAGGAAGGUUCCACUAGCUAGUAGGAAUUGGAGGAUUGUUGGCUGUAGGAGGGCCGAGGUGAAACUGUGAGACGACAACAGGACUUGACGAAAGAAGAUGGAUACUAUGUAUGAGGCUGCGAAAGUAGAACCUGUGCCGUCGAAGAAGAGAUUCGAACAGAAUCGUGGCGAUUUGGAAGACUGGGAUUCUUCAAGGGAUGGAACAUCUAGUAGGAGUGGGUCACCACCACCUUCGACAGGGAAGCGCAAGAUGUAUACCAGCGAUCGAGAGCCCGAAUCACCAACCGACCUGGAACCACACCAACCAACUCCUCCCUAUGCCAAAAGGGAAAAGAGCAUGUAUCCUAGGGAUAGGAUGGAAACGGAUUCUCCAUCUUCCUACCCUAGGCAUGUGAUUGUUCCCACGGAUGAGCAUCAGAGAGAGGGCGAGAUUGGGGGAGCCCCUCAUCCAGAGAGCACACCCUCCAGGAAGUCUCACGUUGCUGCUGCGACUCCAACACUUACACCCGAGUCGGUCUCGAUGGCCAGUGGUGGAGGAGCUGGAUACGAACCUCAUUACUACCGCCCACCAUACUAUGGAUCCGAGGGUGGCUACCACAAUGGAAGUGCACGUGGCAACCCCAACUUUCCUGCUGAAGUUGACAUGGGGCACUAUGGCCAGCGUGACAAUGUUUACCUUCGACCCAGCCCAAAGCGGUGGGCAUGCGACUAUUGCAACGUUGCAACAUUUCUCAGUUAUGACGAAGCUUGCGCACAUGAGGAGCAAUGUGCCCGUAGACACCAGGAGCACUAUGCGAGAUUGAAUCCUCGUCCUCCAAUGCGCUCCUUUGGGAACGGUAGUGGCAGCGGGCUUGGUGCCCUUUAUCAUGCCAGUCAGGAGGUGGGACCAAUGCCGCCUGGAGGAAGGUGGAAUGCUCGGGCUGGUCCGCCCAUGCCAAUGCUUCCUACGGAGAAGAACUACAGGAUGCAGCAGCAACCACAUGCGGGGUACGGUGACUACCGCGGAGGGUACGAGAUGGAUGAGUAUCAGUACCAUCCCCACCAGCACCAGCACCAACGUGAACCAGAGCAACGACGAGGAAUGUUGCUCUCCUUGUCCACCGACAGCGACAGUCUCUCGGAUCGUCAGUGCUACGUCCGCACUACCAUGGUGGAGAUCUUUGCCGCUAGCGAGAAGGACGUUGCUGCCCGUCACACCAAAGGAGCCCAAAAGUUGGCGGUUGGCCAAGUCGGCAUUCGUUGCGUGUACUGCUCGCACUUGCGUCCUCGGGACCGUGCCGAGAGAGCUGUGUGCUACCCCUCCUCCAUCAGCCGUAUCUACCAAACUGUGGCAGAUAUGCAGCGCUUCCAUUUUGAGCAGUGCACGGAGAUCCCCAGUGAAGUCCGGGAGAUCUACAAGAGUCUCAAGACAACACGUCCUCGUGGGGUUGGAUCUCCUCAGACCUACUGGGUCCAGAGCGCGAAAGUUUUGGGAUUGGCCGAUUCUCCAGAAGGUAUCCGCUUCCAGGAAGAAUCCAACAACAACAGCAACAGCGAGAACGGAACUAGCAACAACAGCAACGCGAAACAGCAGUCUGAUAUGUCUCUUUAGAGCGCGCUAGAAUCUACGAGAUCCUUGUAAGCAGCGCCUACAAUUUAUUGAUUCAUAACUUUGACUGAUUCAUAACUUCGAUCGAACGUGAAGGGGAUAUCUUCGUUUUUAAAGGUAAAGAGGCUCGCCCAAGAAGGCGAAGCUACCGUUAUUGUCUCGGAACAGCCAGAUAUAAAAAUAAAGUACUUGUAAUAAAAUUGACUUUUGUGCUUUGCGAAUAGUACAGUAAUCAAUUCAUUCCGAGGGAUUGAUUCCAUUCCAUGUUGUCGACCUUUGGAACGCCACAACUUGUAUACAAUGGGAGCAAAUCAUCCUUUGUUCAGCGUGAAGAUUUCGUUUGGAUAUGUUUCGUACACUCCAAUGCAAUCUUCUGCAUCAUUCAAGGAUUGCUGAUUGUAUCAAGUAGUCGCAUUCGAUUUCUGCGUCUUUCAAAUCUGGUGUCGCUCCAUAUAGUCUAGUUUCCCAUUGGAUAGCCUAUGCAAGUGCCGCCAAGACCUUCUCGCAAACUUCAUCCAUAUCAAGUUGCUUUAGCGGAGGGAAAGGACGCUUCAUUCCAAGUAAUUCUACAACGGGCUCUUCCUUGCCAGAAAUUCUGACGACGAAAUUGCCCUUGCCGGGCUGGAAUGCAAGAAAAGGCGUCAGAAUGAUCAGUCGAUGAAAGGAGACAAUGCAAACAACACAUACCUUCUCCUCAUUGAUUUUCACAGUGGCUUUUUUUCCUACUGCUUUCUCAAUCUUUGAAGCCCGGCUCUUAAACGCGCCUCAUUGCUUGCACGCCUCGAUCGAAAUCACCACAUCACUCUCUGACUUGGCCUCCUUCUUCGCGGGAGAUUCCUUCUUGGCAGCGGCUUUCUUCUUCUUUGGUGCUGCCUUGGCAGCUGCUUCCGUCUUCUCUGCUUUUGCGGGAGCUUUGUCGUCCUUCUUCGCUGAAGAGCGAGUUACACGGGCCAUGGUCAACAGCAGAGUUUGUUGUGCGGAAGCAGGCACAGAACAACUCGCUGCGGGAGGAAAAAAUAAUGAGAAAACGGUGUUGGGUGCCUUUGGCGUUGGGGCCUCUCACAAUCACCAAUCACCAUCAUCCAAUCCUUCGCCUUCACGCCUCAGGCACAGCAAUUAUUUAAGGAAUCAACGUUGCAGUGCUCAGUUACCCUAAAUAAAUACUCAGUACUUUAAUUAAUUAAAAAGCAAAUUGGCCGAAAG